AUGGAAUUCUUUUUAAGACGAUUAAAGUUGGCAUAUGUUCUUGAGAAACCUUGUCCUGACGCUCCUGGUUCUGAGGUAGCAACAAACGAGGCUACUAUGAUUAAAGAACAAAUUGCCAAAUGGCAAGAUGAUGAUUACUUAUGCAAGAAUUAUAUUCUUGGAGAAAUGUCCAAUACAUAUUAUGAUCAAUAUUAUAUUAAGUGCAAACUUGCUAAGGAGAUUUGGGAUACUCUUAAAGCUAUCCAUUUAGCAGAAGAGGCGACUAAUAAAAUUGCUAUAUCUGGAAUUGCUCUUGAUGAAAACUUUGAUGUUGGUGUUAUUGGAUCAAAACUUCCUCCAUCUUGGAAGGAGUACAGAAGCAAACUCUUGCAAAAGAAGGAAGAUUUGACUCUUGAACAAUUAUUGCAGCACUUGCAAAUUGAACAAGAGACACGAUAUCAUGACAAUAACAUCUUGAAGGAGCCCAUCAUGAAAGCCCAUGUUGUUGAAGAAAAAUCGAUCAAGAAGGAACCUGCCAAUAAUAAAUUUUUGAAGGCAAAGAAGAGUAAAAUUUUUAAGCGUUCUAAUUCCAAUUCUAAGUCGAAUGAAUGUUUUCAUUGUCAUAAAAUUGGUCACUAUGCACGUGAUUGUAAAAUUCUUAAAGCUGAAAAGAAGAAAGAAAAAGGCAAAUAA